ACUUCCUUUACGGCGGCCAUCGCCGCCGCCCGAGCAUUGGCGUAUCUCCACUACAGCACGUGUUGUGCGCCAACCUGCUACUCUUCCUUCAACAACGGAGACACUUUCCUCGAAACACCACUCAACACCCCGCCUUUCAUUUCCCUCUUCCCCAAGCUCACCAGAUUUUUCGUCACCGGCGGUGGCAGCGACAACAUCGGCCUCCCGGGGGACAAUGCCCACGCGGAUGGAGAAGUCGAGGCCGACCAAGAUCUCCUCCGCACCUUGAAUUUGCUCGUGCUUCGAGGAAAAUACGCGUCAAAAUUGCUGCCUAAGUCUCUAGUUUUUCGAACUUCUCUUUGGAUUUUCAAAUGUUUUGAAAAUUUUAGAAGAGUGAGUGUUGACCGCCCUCUUGCUGCAAUAUUAGUUGCAUACAUUUCUAUGACACUUCUUGAGUUCCUUGAAGUUCAUUGCGAGAUUGAGAGGGAGGUGAAUAAGUUUUUUGAAUAUCUCUCGAUGAAACUUCAAGGAACUCCAGAAGUGCCAUAUAAAGCAAUAGGGUGGUCAACACUCACUCUUCCAAAAUUUCCAAAACAUCCGAAAAGCCAAAGAAAAGCUCGAAAAACUCGACACUUAUGCGGCAAUUUUGACGCGUAUUUGCCUCGAAGCACGAGCAAAUUGGAGGUGUGGAGGAGAUCGUGGUCGGCCUCGACUUCACCAUCCGCGUGGGCAUUGUCCCCCGGGAGGCUGAUGUUGUCGCCGCCACCGCCGGUGACGAAAAAUCCAGUUAGCUUGGGGAAGAGAGAAAGGAAAGGCAAGGCGUCGAGUGGUGUUUUGAGGAAAGUGUCUCCGUUGAAGGAAGAGUACCACCAGUACACAUUGGCGCACAACAGGUGCUGCAGUGGAGAUACGCCAAUGCUCGGGCCCAAGAACUUGGAAACCGUGGACCCAUUUCACUUCGUCUCCCACUCGUCCAAAAUGCUGAGAUAUAAUGCCUCUCAAGGACAAGCAACAAAGGUCAUGAACAAUAUAAAAGCAAUUAUUAUAGACAUGGAUUGGAAAGUAAAAUAA